GAGAGGAUGCGGAUAGGAAGUGAAAGCAGAUGAGUGGCUUUAGGAACGAGGAUACAUAGUGGUACUUUUGGCAAAGUUUGGGAAAGAUGUUUAUCCAAAUUGUUACUCGUGUGCGUGGGCACUGAGCGAGAGAAAGAUCCGCGCGCGAAGCCUUCGAAAACGGACUGGGACUUGCGAGAACUGGAAAACUUUUUCUCAGAUGAAACUUCACUCUGUUGCGCCUCAUUGACUUCAAGUCCCCAACUGUGCCAUGAUAUGAAACCAUCUUGGAAUAACCUUGUUUUUUCGCAGCGUGCAAGAACUACAGAGGCCCAUAUGAAGACUAACCUUUUUAAGAUUCAUUCUUCCUGGAAAUGGCAAGUCGUGCCACAUUGAUGGAGCGGGCAGCGCUUUUGAUAUGCAGUGUAAUUAUCUUAAUCAUCGGUUUAUGUGUCGGAUCUCCUAACCACAGCCGUCGGCUGGUGUGCUGGAAAGCCAUCCUUAAGUGCCACGGAGAGCCGGAGUGCCAUUACGCGUACGAUCAGUACGUCUAUGCCUGCGCUUCUGUCAUCAAUGGGGAGCGCAAGAAGUGUCCCAGUCAUUGCAUCUCAUCUCUCAUUCAGCUCAAUCUAACCCAAAGCGGCCCGGCUCUGGAGGACUGCGACUGCGCCCUGGACCCGGUCUGCAGGAGCACCAAGCAAGCCAUCGAGCCGUGCCUGCCUCGAACCAGCACCAUGGGCUGCACCGAGGCCCGGCGGCAGUGCGAGAUGGACCAGACGUGUAGCUCUGCCAUGAGGGAUUAUUUAUUUCACUGUCGGAAACUUUUCGGAGGGGAAAGGUGCUCGGACGGGUGCCGCAGAGUGAUCGCCAACAUGCGCUCCAUACCGAAAGCGCAGCAGCUGGACACUUGUGUGUGUGAUGGCACGGACAGGAACAUUUGCGAGUAUAUAAAGGUCAGCAUGAAAACUUUCUGCACCGAUGAUCGGGAAGCAGGGAGCGGCUUUUCAGACGCCGAGGACGACUCUGAGGAUGAUUAUAUGGACCAGGAUGAUUAUCAAUAUGUGGAGAAUUCAAGCAGUGACUCUCUACCUGGCCAGACUCUGCUGAAUGUCCUGACCACCAUUCUGGUUUUAACCAAAUUUGUCUGAAAAGCUGCUGCCAAUAAGGACAGUCAUUGUGGAUGAAAAAAUCACCUCACUAGAGUGUCUGCUUUGUUAUAAUCAGGCAUUUUUUGUCGUUUACUAACAUUUUGGGGGCUUUUAAAUUCACCACUAAAUUUUAUACUCUAGAUCUGCACAUGUUCAUACAAUCCAGGACAUUUGUUGUUUGUUAAUCACUCAGAAGCACAAGUUAAAUUUCAGUUCAGCAGCAAUGUUAGGGACAGGGACUGUACUUUAUUUAUAGGAGUAGGCGGGUGGCUGGGGUGGUUUUUUUAAUCUGUUUGAGUAUUUUUGUUUGAUGAGCCUCCCUGGAGCUACAAAUAUAAUUUAAAAAAUAUUAUUAUCAAUUUUGAUUUUGUAUCAUGACCCUUCCCAGUGCUACAAAUAUCUUCUUUUUUUUUCUUUUUUUUUCAUUUUGUAUGAAGACCCUACCCGGAGCUACAAACAUCAACUAUUUUUCCUUGAGCCUGGGCAAAAAUGCAGGACCUUCUCUUCACAGUAAAUAACCACAUUUCACAGUUUCUGGCUACAAUAAACUGUGUGAUUUGGGAGAUUUUUAAAGAAAACAUGCCUUUAAAAGCCACUUUUGGGUGUUUUAGUUCUGAGGAUAUUUGAAAUAAAUACAAAACACGACCAUGUUAAGUUAAAUGUUCCUUCCUGAAGCCAAAUCAAAAAACAUAACCCCCUACCCAAUGCUGAAAAUAAUCAUCUGAAGUGCCUCCCUGAUUUUGCACCACCCACUCCUUUUUGAUAAAGAACAGUCCCUAAGUCAUUUGAUAAUGCCCUAGGAGCCUAUUUUUGUAUGUCAGCUAUGUAAAGAUAGAUUGUACAGUAUAUUGCAUAAAAAUAUUUGUUUAUGAGUGACAAGAGAUUUGCACUGUAUGAAUAGGUGAGUCCCACUCUUUUAUGACCACACAGGAAAGAAAUGUCUAAAGUGCCUAAAAACUCUUUACAGCUUAUUCACCGUUAUGUGACCAUAUCAGAGGCGUGCUGUGAAAUCACAGCAAUUUUCUUGUACCAGCUGUAUAGAGACUUUCUCCACAACCCCUUCAUUACAAACCAAAGUUGAUGUAAGCCACUGAAAUGAAAUCCGAGGGCAGGUAAUGCAAGCGAUUCAAGUAUCUCUUCACUGACCUUGUGAACAUGGAAGUUUGCUUAAGAUAUAAAGUGUUUCAUUCUUAAAAACUGUUCAAACUGGCGAGAGGAAAGCAAACUCCUCCUCUUAGGGAUUUGUGGCCCAAAUGGAGCCAAGAAGCUGUUGGGUCAGUUUGUUUAUCCUCACCCCAGUGUGUUUGUGAGAGGUCUUCACAAAGACACACUGAGAAAGAGUGUGUUCGGGUGAGUGGAGAAUUUAAGUGCUCAUUAGAAACACACUCCUCUGAAUGUACAUGCACAAUAAUAAAGAAGAGUUUUAAAAUGA